AUGGACCAAGACCAGCCGUUACAGCAGCCCCAAGUCCGCCAGAUCUCGUUCAAUGUAUCAGACCAUUACCAGAUCUUGGAAGUGGUGGGCGAGGGUGCCUAUGGUGUGGUGUGCCUGGCCAUCCACAAACCCACCAACCAGAAGGUAGCGAUCAAAAAGAUUGAACCUUUUGAGCGGUCGAUGUUAUGUCUCCGGACACUUCGUGAGCUCAAGCUCCUCAAACACUUUUCCCAUGAAAACAUAAUCUCCGUUCUUGCCAUACAAGUUCCACUCAAUUAUGAAUCAUUUCGUGAAAUAUAUUUUAUUCAGGAACUCAUGGAAACGGACUUACAUCGAGUUAUUCGUACACAGAAACUCUCCGACGACCACGUACAAUACUUCAUCUACCAGACACUUCGUGCUCUCAAGGCGAUGCAUGCUGCCAAUGUUCUUCAUCGUGAUCUCAAACCAAGUAACCUACUUUUGAACUCCAACUGUGACCUCAAGAUUUGUGAUUUUGGCCUUGCGAGGUCGGUGGCGCUGACAGAGGACAAUUUCGGGUUCAUGACCGAGUACGUGGCCACUAGGUGGUACCGAGCCCCGGAAAUCAUGCUCACGUUUCUGGAGUAUACCACUGCAAUCGAUGUAUGGUCAGUGGGGUGUAUUCUCGCAGAAAUGUUGACGGGACGGCCAUUGUUUCCUGGUCGUGACUAUCACAACCAGCUCUGGCUCAUCAUGGAGGUUUUGGGCACUCCAAACAUGGAAGACUACUAUAACAUCAAACUGAAGCGGGCACGUGAGUAUAUUCGGUCUCUUCCAUUUUGCAAAAAAAUACCGUUCAAUGAGUUGUUUGCCAACGCCAAUCCAUUGGCAGUGGAUCUCUUGGAAAAACUCCUCAUUUUCAACCCAGCAAAAAGAAUAACCGUGGAAGAUGCUCUCGACCACCCAUACUUAAAACUCUACCAUGAUCCUACCGACGAACCGCUGGCGGAAAAGAUCCCCGACGACUUUUUCGACUUUGAUCGCCGCAAGGACGAAUUGACCAUUGAGGACUUGAAGAAGUUGUUGUACGAAGAAAUCAUGAAACCAUUAUAG